AUGAGAAGAAAUCUCAAAUUCCUACCUUUCUUACUCCGGCAUAGCCAAACCUAUUUUGACAGCGCCACCCAGCCCAUCAAACUCUCACUUCAUUUCCCAUCAUCCAAUUUCAGCGUUCUCUACCCUCCACCCAGAAACCAUUAUAUUCCCAGACCUGCUGCCGCUUACGCAUCUUUUACCUCCUCCUCAACCGCCGGGGACGAAGAAGAUGCCUUUGGCGGCGACCAGAAUCACGAUUCUGAUAGCGAAUCGGAUGAGGACAUCGCGGCGCACCGAACAGUGUGCAAUUCGGGCUCGGCCGGCGACCUCAAAAUCCUUAUGGGUAUUCUACAAACACUUGAUCCUCAAGAGAAGAGCAAAAGGCUCGAUCAUUCCGGGGUCAAUCUGACGCGGCAGCUAGCGGCGGACGUUCUCGCCGGGACGCGGAACAACUGGGAAGCAGCCUUCACCUUCUUCGUAUGGGCCGGCAAGCAGCCCGGAUACUCCCACUCACUGCGGGAGUACCACACCAUGAUAGCCAUCCUUGGCAAGUUCAGGAAGUUCGACACUGCGUGGUCCGUGAUUGAUGGCAUGAGGCCAUUGUCCCUCGUGACUCCCCACACUCUGUUGAUAAUUAUCAGAAAAUACGCGGCUGUUCACGAUGUUGGCCGGGCCAUCAAUGCCUUUUACGCCCACAAGCGAUUCGGGUUCAAGGUAGGGGUCGAUGAGUUCCAGGGUCUGCUUUCGGCCCUGUGCCGGUACAAAAACGUGAAGGAUGCCGAGCAUUUGCUUUUCUGUAAUGCUUCCAUUUUCCCUCUCUGCACCAAAAGCUUCAACAUUGUGCUCAAUGGAUGGUGCAACGUGCUUGGCUCGUUGAAAGAGGGAAAACGGAUAUGGAAGGAGAUGGAAAGGAGGGGAGUGAGGCAUGAUGUGCACUCGUACUCGAGCAUCAUAUCCUGCCUCUCGAAACUGAAUAGAAUGGGUGUAGUUUUGAAGUUGUAUGAAAAAAUGAAGGCUUUAGAUAUUCAGCCUGACAGAAAGGUGUACAAUGCUGUGAUUCAUGCUCUGGCCAAAGGGAGGCUGGUGAAUGAAGCCCGUGGUCUGAUGAAAACAAUGGAGGACAAGGGAAUUAGUCCGAACAGCAUCACCUAUAACUCAAUCGUAAUGCCUCUCUGUAAGUACCGGAAGUUGGAAGAAGCCCGAGAAUUGUUUAAUGAGAUGACUGCCAGAGGCUUGCUCCCGACCACUCGUACUUACCAUGCAUUCAUUCGGGCUUUGAGAACAGGUGAUGAGGUUUUUGAUCUUUUGGAUAAAAUGCGCGAGGCUGGAUGUAUUCCCGAUCACGACACGUACAUCAUGUUGAUAAAGAAAUUUUGUCGUCGCCGCCAGCUGGACCUAGUAUUCAGGGUGUGGGCUGAGAUGGGCAAGAACGGACUUGACCCGGAUAGGAGCUCGUACAUCGUGCUCAUACACGGGCUUUUCUUGAACGGCAAAUUGGAUGAGGCGAAUAAGUAUUAUUUAGAAAUGAAGGAGAAGGAGUUGUUGCCUGAGCCGGAAAUAGACGCUAUGCUUCGGGCUUGGGUGGAGGGAAAGACAGGUGACAAAUUGCAAAAAGAUGCUCCUAUAGAUGAUCGGCGGAGCUUUAGCAAGCUUGGGGACAAGGCGGGAAUAAAAUCAAAGAAAAAUCACAGGGAAAAUCAUUUUCUCCGGCAGCCUGAAUCAAGAAGUGUUACAAGGGAGAAAGGCUAUUCAUUCUGGGGUCAUUGA